AUACACUGAUACAACAGGACAACAGGGUGAGACUCUGUCUCAAGAAAAGAAAAGAAAAGAAAAAUUAGUCAUGUGCAGUGGCAUACCUAUAGAUAGAUAGUCCCAGCUACUCAGAGGCUGGGGGAAAGAAUAUCCUCACCAAGUGAAGAAUUGAGCUGUAAACGAUUUCCCUGUCUUAUGCAGUUCCAGGGGAACAGUCUAUACAUCCUGCAAAUCUAAAAGUGGAAAAACUGGGCAGCUAUAAUUUCUUUUAGGUGCUAUAUGAUUCUUUACAAGGCAAGCACACCCAACUUGUGAAAAGCCAUCUCCAUAACUUCCUUAUUAACUAUCUUAUGUUUAUUGAGCACUUAUGUUUUAUCGCAUCUAAUCUUUACAACAACCCUAUAAAAUAGGGUUCAACAAAUAUAUAUCACAAUUUUUUUUUUUUUUUUUGAGACAGAGCCUCAAGCUGUUGCCCUGGGUAGAGUGCUGUGGCAUCCCAGCUCAUAGCAACCUCCAACUCCCAGGCUCAAGUGAUUCUCCCGUCUCUGCCUCCCAAGUAGCUGGGACUACAAGCACCCACGCCAAUGUCCCGCUAUUUUUUGGUUGCAGCCAUCAUUGUUGUUUGGCAGCCAGGCUGGAUUCAAACCUGCCAGCUCAGAUGUAUGUGGCUGGCGCCUUAGCCACUUGAGCCACGGGCGCUGAGCCCACAAUUUUUUUUUUUUUUUUUUUUUUGAGACAGAGUCUCACUCUGUUGACCCAGGCUACAGUGGCGUGGCAUCAUAGCUCACAGCAGCCUCAAACUCCUAGGCUCAAGCCAUCCUCUUGCCUUGCUCUCCCCAGUAGCUGAGACUACAGGUGACUGCCACAAUGCCCAGUUAGUUUUUCUAUUUUUAGUAUAGAUAGAGCCUCACUUUUGCUCAGGCUGGUCUUGAACUCCAGAGCUCAACAAUCCACCCACACAGAAUGCUAGGAUUACAGGUGUAAGCCACAGCACUUGGCUUAUCACACUCUUAUUAUGUAUCAGGCACUAUGAAAAUUGCUAGAGAUAAGACAGUCAACAGAAAACAAUGCCCCUUCUUUAAUGGAGCUUACAGUAUGGUGGGGAAGACAUAUUAUGCAACCAACUGUAAAAUUUAGCCAGGCUUGGUGGUGCAGGGCACCUACUUGAGAGGUAGUCCCAGCUACUUGGGAGGCUGAAGCAAGAGGAUAGCUCAAGCCCAAGAGUUUGAGGUUGCUGUGAGGUAUGAUGCCAUAGCCCUCUACCCAGGGUGACAGACUAAGAUUCUGUCUCAAAGGAAAAAAGGAAAAGAAAAAUAGAAAAGAGGCUCAGCGCCCAUAGCUCAGCAGUUAAGGCUCCAGCCACAUACACGGAGGCUGGCAGGUUUGAACCCAGCCCAGACCUGCCAAACAACAAUGACAACAACAACAAUAAAAAAACAGCGGGGCAUUGUGGCGGGCGCCUGUAGUCCAGUGCCAGCUACUUGGGAGACUGAGGCAAGAGAAUCACUUAACCCCAAGAGUUUCAGGUUGCUGUGAGCUGUGACACUACUGCAAUCUACCGAGGGUGACAUAGUGAGAUUGUCUAAAAAAAAAAAAAGAAAGGUAAAACUGCAACUGUGACAAGUAGUAAGAUGGAGCGGUAUCAGGUGCUGACAAGCAGUAACAGGUUGGUCAAGAAAGACUUCACCGUGGAUAUAAAUUUUGAGGUGAGCUCUGCGAGACAAGCGGAAGUUAACCAGGUAGCUAAAGAGCCCCGGAAAGAAAUAUCUUGCACCCUGCAGCUAGAGAGAAGUUUAAGUAUACACAAAUCAAAGAUCCGUGUGAUAGUUGGGGAGGAAAAGAAGGAGAUGUUAGUUCUAUCGAGGCCUGCCUGAUACCUAAUACUCCAGAGCCGGCGCUCCUAAUCAUUUCAACCUCUCCCAGUGACAGAAGUUGAAAAGCCACAGUUGACUUGCAGAGAAAAGAUUUAAAGAUAGUGCGAUUUUACCAAGGAAGCCUCCCAGGAAACAAAUGUCAUCUUGGAGACUGCGGGAACUGGCAAAGUAGGUGCUGGAAGACCUCUCUUAGAUCCUUCGAACGAAACGUAGCAUUAACAUAGAGACCACGCGUCUUUGCCCAGAGUAGACAGGUGAAGGAACUAGAACAAGAGUAACCCAGCGAGCCGGACUCUUGCCGCAGUCUCACGCCCCACCACUGCGGCUGCGUGAGCCGUUCCGGAAGCGGAAACGCACGGAGGGCGGGGUUGGCUUUCAAGAUGGCGGCCCUCAAAGCUGUGGCCUCCGGCUGUGGGUGGCUUUUCCGAGGGUUCCUGGCGCGUCCAGGCGCAACCACGUGGACUCGAGUACCAGCUCGUGGGUUCAGGGAAGUGGUGGUGAUCCAAGAAGGGAAGACAACUAUAAUUGAAGGCCGCAUGACAGAGACUCCCAAGGAGAGUCCAAAUCCUCCUAACCCCUCUGGCCAAUGCCCCAUCUGCCGUUGGAACCUGAAGCACAAGUACAAUUAUGAGGAUGUUUUGCUGCUUAGUCAGUUCAUCCGGCCUCACGGAGGCAUGCUACCCCGAAAGAUCACAGGCCUGUGCCAGGAAGAGCAUCGAAAAAUUGAGGAGUGUGUGAAGAUGGCCCACCGCGCAGGUCUGCUCCCAAAUCAUAGGCCUCGGCUUCCCGAAGGAUUUGUUCCAAAGAGCAAACCCCAACUCAACCGGUACCUGACUCGCUGGUCUCCCCGUUCCGUCAAGCCCAUCUACAAAAAAGGUCACUGCUGGAACAAGGUGCACAUGGCUGUGGGGUCACCCCUACUAAAGGACAACAUCUGCUACUCAAGAAUGCCUUUGAAGUGGUAUCAUUGACUGAGAGCAGGGCUUCCAGAAAACCUGGCUGGAGCUCCUCCCACACCUCGUCUGUGAAAUAGGAGGCCCACUCAUGAACCUUUAGCCACAACCGCACUCCUGCUCUAUCCCACCAAGAUGGCUUGGGCCCUCCAAUGCAAAUGGACAAGGGACGGAGGGACUAACUUCAGUACCGUUGUCCUGCCCAGGAACACUGCUGGGAGGAUAGGCAAGGGCAGUUGGGUGUCCCUUGGCAGCUGUUGUGGGUUUUAGCUAAGCUCUGCUCAGGGAUAGGCUUUUUUGCCCAAAGGAAUGUAAUAAACAUGGUUC